AUGUGUGAAUGUUCUUCAGAUUCCUCAAAUGGAGAAUCUUGUGGCUUAUUUUGUCACAUUGAAUGUGCCCUUCAACAGAAAAAAGUAGGCGUUGUGAAUCUUGGCCAGUUAAUGCAGCUUGAUGGGAGUUACUGUUGUGUUUCUUGUGGUAAAGUUUCAGGAAUACUUAGAUAUUGGAAGAAGCAAUUAGCAAUUGCUAAAGAUGCACGACGUGUUGAUAGCCUAUGUUACAUAAUAUAUUUAAGUUACAGGCUUUUAGAUGGAACAUCAAGGUUUCAAGAGCUUCAUAAAAUUGUUAAAGAAGCCAAAUCCAUAUUAGAAACGGAAGUGGGCCCACUAAGUGGAGUCUCAGCCAAAAUGGCUAGAGGCAUUGUAAGCAGACUAACUGUCGCAAACGAAGUCCAAUCACUUUGUUCAAUCGUAAUCCAAAAUGAUGAUCAACUCUCCAAAAUUUCCACCACAUCCCAAAUUACCAAAGAAGGCUCACUAACACUUCCCGCAGCAUGCAAAUUACUCUUUGAAGAAAUAACAUCCUCUUCUGUAGUCCUUGUUUUAAUCGAACUAUCAACUGCAUUAUCAAAUGAUAUAAUCAUAUUCAAACUAUGAUACUGAAAAACAACCGAAACAACACUAAUAAAAGAUCCAAUCGCAACAUUUCCAAGAUCCCAAAGAAGAAUUCUAAUUUCAAAUAUGCAACCAUGCACCGAAUAUGUAUUCAGACAUUGAUUGAUGAUCCAUGUAGUUUGUCUAAAUAGUUGGUUCA